AUGCCAUCAUCCCCAUUGGAACAGCGCCUUGCUGCUCUCCUGGAGAAACGUCGAUCGCAGUCGAAGCUGCGAAACCUCAAGUCGAGUCCUCCAGGGUCUGUCGACUUCUCAUCCAACGAUUUCUUGUCCUUGUCCACAAACAAGGAGUUCCAGGAUGAUUACCUGGCGGUGCUGAAUGGAAGCCACACGCCCAUUGGAUCAACGGGCUCGAGGCUCCUGGACGGCAACUCUGAAUUCGCCGAGAGCCUCGAACGAGACCUUGCUGCUUUCCACGGCGCCGAGGCUGGCCUCCUGACCAACUCGGGCUUCGAUGCCAAUGUUAGCAUCUUCACCUUUCUCCCUCGACCGGGGGAUGUCAUCAUCUAUGACGAACUCAUCCAUGCCAGUGUCCACGAUGGCAUGAGACAGUGUAGGGCCAAGCAACAAAUCUCCUUCAAACACAACGACGUCGAAGACCUGAGUCGGAUCCUGCAGCAAUUCUCCUCCUCGAGUCCCAGCCAGACCAUUUUUGUCGCCGUGGAGACGGUUUACAGCAUGGAAGGCGAUCUCGCCCCGCUGACGGAGAUUGUCGAUCUGAUGGAAGCUAUGUUGCCUCACAACAACGCGCAUCUAGUGGUGGAUGAGGCCCAUGCCACUGGCGUCUAUGGACCGAAUGGCUCCGGCAGAGUCUGUGAACUUGGACUGGAAAAGCGUGUUUCCAUCCGCCUCCAUACUUUCGGCAAAGCUCUUGCAUGCAACGGCGCAAUCAUUCUGUGCUCUCCUGUGAUCCGUCUCUUCCUCAUCAACUAUGCCCGACCGCUCAUCUACACAACCUUUAUGUCCUAUCCUUCCCUUCUCGCGAUCAAGACGGCAUAUGAUUGGCUCAAAGAGGGGAAAGCGAAUCUGCUUGCUGCAAACCUCUAUCAUCUGAUCGAUCACCUCUACACAGGACUGCAAAGCUUGGCACCUGUCGUCGCCGAAAGUGGCCCGGUAUCGAAGACUUUGGUGUCUCUCCCAACCACGUGCCCAGAGUCGCCCAUUUUUGCAAUCUUGAGCCCAUAUCCUCGGUCAUUGGCCUCGUACUGUCAGUCGGCGGGGUUCAUCGUGCGCCCGGUCGUUGCACCAACCGUUCCCAAGGGCACAGAGCGGGUAAGGGUCUGCCUGCAUGCAGGGAAUACAGUCGAGCAGAUUGACCGGUUUGUCGAGUGUGUCAAGCAAUGGAUCAUCACUGAGGGCACACGGGAUGUGCAUACAGACCAGCUGAGCCCGCCAUCAAGCCACGCCAUCAGCCAGCCGGCGGGACUAAAAACGGGAAGUAGCCUUCUCGCGAAAUUAUAG